AUGGCGGACGCGGACACGGGCGGCGUGGAACCGGUCAAGAUCUACGAGAACACAUUCCGCCUGGAGCCCACGGAGGAGCAGCGGUUCAAGCCGUCGGUUGCUGUCAAUGCGAUGAAGGAGACGCUGGAGGCCAGCAUGUCGUACACGCUGGAAAAGGACGAGGGCGGGCAGUACGUUUGGGAGUACGACCGGGAAGAGGCGGCCGACGUUGCGAAGGAGGUUUCGCAAGAGUGCACUGCGAGGGUGAAGGCGGCGUUGGGCGAGCAGCCGAGGUAUAAGCUCAUCUGUCAUGUUGUCGUCUCGGAGAAUGUCCAGCAGUCGUUUCGCGUCUCGUCGCGUUGCCUGUGGGACAAGGCCUUUGAUAAUUGUGCCACAGCGGAGUGGCGGCAUCCCGGGGGCAAGCUCAUCGCCCUGGCCAUGUGCUUUGCACUGUACUACGAGUAG